CUCAUUCCUCAUUCAUCGUAUUUGUUUUUGGACACUGUUUGUAAACAAAGUGAAAAUUGACUUGUUGUUGGUCCGGAAUAUUUUUGGACGUGGUAGAUUAAAAAAACACGUCGGGGUCGGAUUCGUCAACAAAAGUGAGCUCGUGAACGGUGCGUGUUUUAGCCAUGGUACAAGUGUGAAGUGCACUAAUUUUGUUGUCCUCGUUAAUUAUCAGUAAGUAUGAGAUAAGAUAAGCAUACCACCCUUAACCUCAUCAAUAGCACCACAACAUGUCCGAAGACAGCAGUGAGAGUGAUUACGAAGACGCUCGAGACGAUGCUCCAACCCCACCCCCAAUUAUUCCAGGAUCACGAGAAGAAGAACAAGAAGAAAUUCCGGCUGAAGAAUUAGAGAACAUUCCCCCCGAAAAUGUUCGCAUUAAUGAAGAACAAGAACAAGCCGUUGUUCCUCCUCCUCCUCCUGCCGCUGUUCCAGAACAACAAGGUGGACUUAACGCACAGGAAAUUGUUCAUCAAGUGAUGGAAAAUGUGUGGCCCCUGAUGGACAGAAUUCUUGCCGUGGGACACAUUUAUGGCGAACCGUUGCCCGAUGGUCUCGACGAGGACGACGACGACGACUACAUCGACGACGAUGGAAUGGACAACGUGGAAGACGGAUACUUCGACGAGGAAGAAAAUGGAGAUCAACAAGAACAGCAGGAUGAAAACAAUCCUCUUAUCGGAAAUGAGGAAAAUAUCGUGCCCCCGGCAGAUUUCGAUCUUCAGCUUCCCGGUCGUCAUUCGUAUCUUGGCGAAGGGAUGGAAGAACUUCAGGGGCGAGUCUUGUUCGAUGAUGGUGGCCCCACGCCGGAAAUCCCGUUGAUCGUAAUGGGAAUUCAACUCGUUCCCGGACAGACCCUCCCACUCACCAUUUUCCAUGCAGUUUUCCAAAAUGCCAUCAGAAGAUGUAUCGGGACCAACAAAGUGUUUGGAAUUGUACACAACGAGUUGGACACCUCGUCUGGAAGUGCCGUGUACAAUGGCGCGUUUGGAACAAUUGCUGAAAUCUACGAGUUCCAAGAAGAAAGUGACCCCCCGAACGGACAUCCAAUGGGUUUAUCCACUUUCGCCUUGAAGGCUAAAGGUCGUCAGCGAUUCAAUGUUAUAAGCUUUCGUCGACAAGCGGAUGGCAAUCUUAUGGGGAUGGUUCGAGUUCGCCCCGAGAUAAGGCUACCUCCCAUGGUACAAUCCGUCAUGUUGGGUCAAACUCAUCGCUACCGGUAUCCAAUAAAACGCCAAUACGAAGACGUCAGCAUGGACGAAAGUGGAGCAGAGAACAAUGAACCAACAACUAGAAAACUGGCUAAAUUGCUGUCCAUAUCGAGUAACUCUUCGUCAAAGGAAGAUGACGCUUUGGUUGAUGCUGACUUGGCGAAAAUGCGAGCGGAAAUUUUAGACAAGAGGAAAAUGACGAAAUUUUACUCGGCGUUUACCCCCUUCCCAUAUUUCGUGUAUGAGCAAUUUGAUGAAUCCGUUUUGGUGGAGAGGAUUCAUCGAAAAUUACGAAUUGACCUGAAAGGGCUCACAGAUUCGUCUCGUAUACCCAAAGAUGCUACAGAACUAUCAUUUUGGCUCGCACAAAACUUGACGAUGGACGAUCAUCAUCGCAUGAGGAUUUUAAAGAUGGAUAGUCCCGUCUCUAGACUGAGAUAUGAGCUAGAUUUACUCUCGAGAGCAUGCAAAGUCAUUACCUGUCGUAAAUGCCAGACCUCAAUUGCGGAAAGUACUGAAAUAUUCUCAAUGUCGGUGGAAGGACCGCAAGGAACGUACGUCAACCCGCAAGGAUUUGUCCACGAGACCCUGACAGUUCACAAAACUAAGAGGGAAGUGGUUUUGAGAGGGCGUAGUUCCACUGAAGCGAGCUGGUUUCCAGGAUACUCUUGGACGAUUGCUGAAUGCCGAAGAUGUCUCAACCAUCUCGGCUGGAAAUUCAAGGCGGUCGGCCGUCUCAAGCCACAACAAUUUUGGGGCUUAUCCCGGCGAUCAAUCAGUUUCAAAUACAACUUUCUAACAGAAGAAGAAACCGCCGCCGCGGCAGAAUUUAACACCAGGUCAAGAAAUCAGUCAACUUCUGAAGCAUCAAUGUCGUCUUAAAUUAUUUAGAAGCAGAUCUUAGAUUAGUCUUGCUGUUACACGACACAAUACAUAGUUGUGGAACCUACCUAGAAAAACUAGCCAAUAUUAAUUACCUACCUGUUUGUUAGAAUGAGAACAUGUCUUCUGCCUGUUAUACGGGAAAAUGAAAAGAAUGGACUGAUAUUUAACAAUUAUCGCAAUUAUAUUAUCGUAUAUACGAGAAUGAAACGUUGUUAUAAGUAUAAAUCAAAUCGCAUCAUCGAUAGAAUCGACAGUACUAUAGUUUAAUGCUUAUCAAUAUUUUCACCACCUUCUAAUUAAAUAAAUGAACUUGUAUUUUGGUGAGAACGAACGAACGUAUAAAUAUUUAUGAAAUAUUUUUGGAUGAAUAUUCUUAUUCAAUUUGAGUGCUAAAUAAUAUCAAGAUGCUAAACAAUUACUUUAGAAAAGAAUACUGGUGACAUGAUUAUAAUUACGAGCGUUAUAAUACAACCAAAAUUUCACCUUACCCAAAAAAUUAUGAAAUUGAUGUAUAAUUCUAAUCAAAAUCCAAAAAUAAAAUUGCAAGUUGUAGUCACAUA